CCCAACCCCACCUGCUGGCUACCACUAAUUUAGAAAACGUAGCCGCUGGUGCUCAUGCGGUGAUCAGGGAAAAUCUCGCGCUUGACAGGUCUCGUCCAGCGAUGGCCAAGAGUUCACAACAAUCCGAGGGAGGUCAACUCGGCUCUUUGUGGCUGAGGUCAACUCCAUCGGUGCUAACACCCCACAUCAGCUGCUGGUUAAUAGCCACGCCCCACGUUGCGUAACGCAAACCUGGGGCCGUCCGGCAUUCCUUCGGUCACCGCUAUUGCGCGCCAUGCAACCUUCUCACGAGCCGAUCGCGGAACAGAGUCCGCUCCGGAUUCCGCCUGCUGGUCUGCAAUCUGCCCAACGUCCUUCGAUUUCCCUACCAGGAAUGGGCAUUCAGCGACAGCUUCCUCCCAAUUCAUCGCUUUACCCACCUGCUAUGCUCGCCCAUAUGUUUCAACCCUAUCUAAAUGGAGUUUUUCCACCACCUGAAUUCGCUUUUCAUCACAUUGGACAUCCUUCCACAUCGGGACAGACGGGGCAAAUGAAGCCUCCCAGUUUGGAUAUGGAGCAUCUGGCCAAAAGGAUGCAUCACAUUAGUGAAGACAGAGAUUCCGGUAAUGAGUCGUUGAGUUACGCUGGUUCACCUACCCCGUCUGGCACUUCUUCAAAGGAUUCUUCAAGGUCCAACUCAUUCUCAGUAUCAGCGCUCCUAAAAGCAGACAUCGUGUCAAAAGCAAAACCACCCAUUCCUGGCCCAACAUCCAUACAACACGAACCAGAACUCAAGCCUGAAGUCAAGCCUAGUCUAGCUCCACCGGCUCAACUCCAACCUAUCCAUACACCAACUCCAAUGAGACCGUCAGGAAUAACUCCACAAGCUUACCAGAAUUUCCAUCAUCAGCUACAAAUGAGCAAUUUCCACUUCCCUCCCGUUCAAGCACCUGCUCCCCUGGGACAACUCCAAAACUUUGGCCUCCCGCCAGGUCCUUCGGGACCUCUUACCCCACAACGACCCGCGCAAGCGGGCAAUUACCCGGAUCAGUACAGGAUGCAGCAAUUUUUUACCAUGGGGAUGCCAGUAAACGAAUCGAGUCAGAGGGAUAUCUGUGUUGUCUGUAACGAUAACGCCAGCGGUUAUCACUACGGAGUAAUGAGCUGUGAGGGUUGUAAGGGUUUCUUCCGACGGACUGUGCAGAAAAAUAUGGACUACACAUGCCAUAAGGAGAAGCAAUGUCCCGUCGAUCGAGUUAGUCGAAAUCGUUGUCAAGCUUGUCGCUUCCAAAAAUGUCUGGACAAGGGCAUGACCAAGGAAUCCGUCCGGCAGGAUCGAACAAGAAAAAGGAAAACAAGAGAUGAAGAGAAGGAUUCCGAGUUGGAUGAAACACGAUCGCUGAUGAACACUGUUGACGAGGUCACCACGGCUUACAGGGAAGUCUUUGGACAACCUGGGAUACAGGAGGAUUUCACCUCUCGAAUCCGACAGUUCGUCUCGAAAGUUUCCCUUUUCAAAGAAUAUCCAGAAGAUCAACUCUCAGCAAAGAUACAAAAGGGAGCGCGAGGUUGCAUGUUAUUACGUGCUGCUUUCGUCCCCGGUGAAAGCUCGUCCAUCGAUUGUCCAGCUCUCCUAGAGCGACUUCGAAGUGGCCUCUCCGAUAUUCAGAUGGAAGAGCUCGCUCUGCUCUCUGCCAUUCACAUCGCUCAACCAAGUGGAAUGCAUGGAAGCGACAAUGUGACGAUGAAGCUCAGCGAAUGCCUACAAGCCCAGAUUCGAAUCAGUAGUCCGGAUAAGGAAAACUCCAAUAAAUUUACUAGAAUGUUGUUCAAAUUGCCAUUAUUGGAUGAAUGAUCUGAUUGUAACAAAUAUCUCUCAUACUUAUCUCAAUUAACAUUAGAAUCUCAUUAAAAACGGGUAAAUUGUUUUUGCUCAGAUAAUCAUUGUAUUUUACUAUGUUGCUCAUUGAAGAGACGAGUAUGAUCAAAGUUGUGCGUGUACUCGGGUGAGAAGAAGGGUAAAUCUCGAUUGUACUUAUUUAUAGGAUUGUUUUCAGUAAUGUGUGUUCAGAAUUUUAUAAAGAAUGAACUUUGUGUGAAAUAGA